AAUGCAGACGAACAAAGUGAGUGGGCGUGUGAAGUCGUUUGUAACAAAACUCAUUAUCUACAGAUGAAAAAUUUAUAUUGUCAGCGUAAUAUCUGUGAGGCUAAGCAGGGCUGGGGAGUAUAUAAAAGCAGUGCACUUUGGUGCAGAAGUAGAGAGCUCAGGACAGAGAGCACUUCCAUAGUUUUGAAAGAGGGUUCUCUCUUCCUCCACCUGCUCUGUUUCACGUCACAGUCUCAACAGGCAGCAAAAAUGAGAAGCAUUUACGUUGUGGCUGGAUUGUUUGUAAUGCUGAUACAAGGCAGCUGGCAACAUUCCCUUCAAGACACAGAGGAGACAUCCAGUUCAUUCUCAGCUUCCCAGACAGACCCGCUCAGUGAUCCAGAUCAGAUGAUUGAAGACAAGCGCCAUUCACAGGGCACGUUCACCAGUGACUACAGCAAGUACUUGGACUCCAGGCGUGCUCAGGAUUUUGUGCAGUGGUUAAUGAAUACCAAGAGGAACAGGAAUAACAUUGCCAAACGUAAUGAUAAAUUUGAGAGACAUGCUGAAGGGACCUUUACCAGUGAUGUAAGUUCUUAUUUGGAAGGCCAAGCUGCCAAGGAAUUCAUCGCUUGGCUGGUGAAAGGCCGAGGAAGGCGAGACUUCCCAGAAGAAGUCACCAUCGUUGAAGAACUCCGCCGCAGACACGCCGAUGGGUCUUUCUCUGAUGAGAUGAACACUGUUCUUGAUAAUCUUGCCACCCGAGAUUUUAUAAAUUGGUUGCUUCAGACAAAAAUUACUGACAGGAAAUAAGGUUUGUCACCAUUCAAGACCAUCUUCAUAACAUCACCUGCCGGCCACUUCGAAAAUGUUUGAAAUUUUAAGUUCUGUAAAUUUAAAGAGAUGUAUUCUGAAGCCAUAUUACUUUGCAUGCCAAUAAAUGAAUUUUAUUUUAGUGUUCUGUAGCCAAAAGAUUGUAAGUGGAAUAAACUAUUGUGAAAAGAUUGCUAAAAUAUCAGCUUUAAAAUAUAGAAGUGCUGUAUUAUCUUACUUUCUUCUUAUUUUUGAUGAAGCACCCCAACCUAUUUGCAUUUAGCAAUGAAAUUAUUUUUCUAUAUCAAUUUGUACAUAUUAUUUCCAUCACAAUGUAUCUACAUUAUAAGAUAGAAGGGAAAGACUUAUAGCCACAGUGGUGAAACUGGAAAGAAAAUGACCUUCUUGGAACCAUUGUCAUUAAAAUGCUCAGCUUUCAAUUUAUCGAAGAUAGACUUAAAAACAGUUUUCAAGCU